CCCGCUUGCGAGCCGCAGCCCGCAGUAUAUGCACCAUUUGCACCAUUUGCACCCCGAGUUACCACCUUGCCGAACCUGAUUCAAUCAAUGUAAGAGUUCCGGGAACAUUUACAAGACUCCCAAUCCUCGUUGCCAUAUCCCAUCUGCAUUCAUCCAGUAUGGGUAAACGUAAGAAGUCGAGCCGUCAACCUCAGCAGCCCAAAAAGAGAGAGCCUCUCCCAAGCACGUUCGCAUGUCUAUUUUGCAACCACGAGAAUUCGAUUGUUGUGAAGUUGGACAAAAAGCUCGGACUAGGACAUUUGUCCUGCAAGGUUUGCGGACAACGAUUCCAGACGGGUAUCAACUACCUCUCCGCUGCUGUCGAUGUAUACUCGGAUUGGGUUGAUGCCUGUGACGCAGUUGCCAAGGACACCGCGGAUAGAUACGAAGAAGGCGAUGCCAUCACCAUGCGUUCUAAUAACCGGCCCUAUUCUCCAGGCGGUCAGGGUGUUGGUGUUGCAGAGCAGACUGGUCAAUUUGAUGAGGACUAAUGGGGUUUUUACCGAAAAGAUAAACAACCUACAAUAUGAAGACUCUAUGAACGUCCACCCUGCUCUGCUAUUCCCAGAAAUCCAAUGUCCUGCUAAUAGGAU